AUGGAAUCAGAAACAGCUCGAGAUACACCCGCAAAGACUAUCCGAGCUCUCUUAUCGAUCACCAGGAUGCUCUCCGAGUCAGGGAAGAUUCAGCGAACAGUCACGAGAGAUGACAUCCAAGGCGCUGCAUUCAAAGGCACUACGUUCACAGAGGAAGAAAAGGAGGCAGCGGCGAAAAUAGUCAACUUCCUCCGACCGUUUGUUCGGCAGCGUGGAGAAGACAAUCAGCUUCCAACACCACAUAUCCUAACAGUGGCACCAGUAGCAGCAUUGGCCAAUGCUAUUGCUACUAUUACGGGAUUUCCUUCGCUGACCCGAAAAUUGUCACCUACAUCGAGUCAAGGUUUUCGUGCGCUGCCCCUCACAGCCGCUGGUGUAUACGAUGUCUUCCAUAAACAGUGGGAUAUUCCUAUGGAUAGCGAGAACUGGAUCACCAACUCAGUCCAGGCGGGGAGAGACAAGCAAGCAACGUUUGGUGCAUUUUUUAAUACCAACAAGCUGGAAUCGUUUAUGAGCUCUUAUGGACUUCAGUUUGCGUGGCGGAUGAGUUUUGUCAACCGAUGGACAGUGCGUUUACUGGGAAAGCCAAAACCUGGCAAAGCAUUUUUCAAAUCAAACUAUGAAGCAAGAAAAAAAAACAAGCUGAACGUCACCAAAUCCGCACCGAUCAUGGAGAUGCCGAUUUUAGACCACUCGAAAAUGGAAGCAAUGGCUGAAAUACACGCAUCAGAAGUCAAAGGCUUGACCAAUACACUGAGGUCUUUGCGCAAAGAGCUUUCCCAACUGGAGUUGAAUCGAAUGGACGUUGGUUGGAAAGUCAGGAGGUCACAAUGGGAUCCAGGUUCUAACGACUACCGUGAGCUGAAAGAAAUCAGGCGGGAGAUUACAGUCAAACGGCUUGAAGCCAUAAAAUUGGAGAAAGCACUAGCAAAGGCCAAAAGCUCAUUGUACUCUAUAAACAAAACUUUGCGAAUGAAGGUUUCCUCUAGCAUCACCACCACCACUCCCACUCCUACCACCACUCCCACUCCUACCACCACUCCCACUCCUACCACCACUCCCACUCCUACCACCACUCCCACUCCUACCACCACUCCUACCACCAGUACCCCUAGAACAUUCAAAGAGGACAACAUAGAAUUUAUGAAUCUGCUUCCCACGGUUAUGUCAGGAAGGCAAGUCGUAUUUGCUGGAACUGAUCCUGGGAUGGUUGUCACCUCUACGAUGAUACCAAGAACUCUAGAGGAAAUAUUUAGCGACAUAAACCGCUUUCAAGCCAUUUCAACCGAGGAUGACUCUGUUAUGGAAACCAUGCCGUAUUUAUUUGAUGUUGAGCAGCUUCCUAAGGCCAACAAAAUCACUGCCAGCCUGAUUAAUAAUGUUACUUUCCUCAAGAAACAUCAGAGGAAGCACCAGCAACGGCAGAAGAAUAAUGUAGACAGAGACACCCAGCAAAAAAAACUGGCCAAGGAAAGUCAGCAGAGAGAGAUCAGGACUAAGCGAGCUUACGGCAAGCUUGCAGCUCAAGAACGGAGUCGCAUUCGUGCAGCGGCACCAGCACCAGAAGUGAUCCAUUGUAUAGGACACUGGCAAGGAGUGAACAGCACCAUCAAGGGGCAUAGUCGAAGAGGGAUGAAAAAGAUUCGGGAACAGCACCGUGACUACGGGCAUAUUGGCAUUACGAAUGAAUAUAACACCUCGAAGACAUGCCCCUACUGUUUCUCUCGAGUUGUGCUCCACAGGGCUCGCCGGAUCAUUGGUGGGAAGAAGCUGGUUGUCCGCUUGAAUGGUGCAAUCGAAUGCGUUCACCCUCGGUGCCCGGCAAGGAGACUGAAAUACACCACCAGAGGAAGAGAUGCGAAUGCGGCUGCAAAUAUCGCUCUGUCUGGAGCAUCAAUUGUUCUCUCGUCAGACCGCCAGCCUCUUCCUCCCUUCCGCCGAAAUGCUAAUCACACAAGGUACAACCUUGCGAAUGAACUAUCCAGUCGUGACACCAGAAUGGUUCCCCGCGACUUUAUUCAAGAUGAAUGA